GAUGGCAUUAAGAAGGGAGGAGGAAGUAGUUCAUUAAGAAAACCUUACGAAAUGAGCAUGCGCCCUAAAAGGUCCAAUUAGAAAUUCGAAACACAAUCGACAGACGUCUGAAUCCUCAAAAUUCCACAGUUUGAUCUCCGAUGUUGGAAACUCCAUUUCCCGGCGCUGCAGGAAUAUCUGAGGUGGACGAUAACCUUCUACAAAACAUCCUCGCAAAAUUACCGGCGAAAUCUUUCGCAUCAGCUGCUUGUGUGAGCCGCUCAUGGAACGCCAUCUGCACUCGCAUUCUCUCUCAUCCCAAUUUCAUCUCCGCUCUCUCAUUGAACACCUCUCUUCCCGAAGCUGUAAAAGAGGUCACCACAAAAGUUCUUUCUGGCCCAAUUCGACCGCAUUUCGCAAUUCUCUCUAUUUGUCCCGCCUUUGGUCUCGAUCAAGCUCAUCGACUUGUUGUUGAAAUUUUGGGUUCUAGAAUCCCGAUUAUUACUUGUGAAGUUGGCGGUAUUAUUGGAAGAGAUGCAAAAACUGAUCAAUUUGCCGAGGUGAGGUUCCCAUAUUUUGAUGUUGACGAUGAUCUUGAAACUGCCAGUAGUGGGGGUAUUUCUUUAACAGUUGGAUUUUUGCCUGGACUCAAAGUUGAUGCUGUUCCACUUCUAGAUACAGAAGAGGGACCUAAUAUCGACAAGUUUGUCAUGGACCUGAGGGAUUUCUCAGCUUCUGUGUCAGGUCGCACAUCCCCUGAGGCAAUUAUCAUGUUUGGAGACUCAGAAGCUGAUAUGAAACCUGUUGUCGAAAAGUUGGAUUAUGCAUUGUCUCAACAAACUGUCAUUGCUGGAAAUGAAAGCUGUAGUUUCAGGCAUUCAAGCACUGAUAAUUCGGAAAUUAUCUCGACACAUCGAGGACAGGAACCUCCUUAUAAACGUGCUGUUGCUCUUGUAUUUGCAAGGGAGAGAACAACAUUGGACGGUUUAGGGCAAAUUGAAUUUCAUUUCGCAGUUGGAGCUGGAGUCAAUGCUGUGGGUCCGAGGUAUAGAGUGGUUUCUGCUAAAAUGAGGAGGCGUGAAUUUACAACAUGGUUGACAGCUAAACGGGAGGGAGAGAAUGUGACUCUUGAUGGUGAACAAAUGUUAAAUGAUUUUGAACUGGAGAUGGAAGAUCUAGUCCCUAAUUAUGAUUUGUACAUUGGGGUUAGAAAAAAAAGAAAAUAUUCCAUUGGCUCAGAGCAGGUUAAGUCGGUGAUGUCCCUAGCCUAUCAUCCUGUUCAUGAGGGAGAUGAGCAGUACCUUUAUGUGAAAGGUUGGGAUAUCAAAACUGGAGAUACAUUUUGCUUUUAUAUUCCUGAUAGAGAAUAUGCAUUGGCCUCGUGUGGUACUGUUUCUGAAAAUUUUGGCAAGUUAAAGCACAAGGAAAUUAUCGGAGGUUUUGUCUUUGCUUGCUGUGGCCGAGGUGAAAUGUUUUUCGAAAGAUUAAAUGUUGAUAGCUCCCCAAUUCUGGAUAAUUUUCCUGGAAUUCCCUUGGGAGGAAUGUUUUGUAAUGCAGAAAUUGGACGUGGUUCUCCUAAUUUAGGUCAGUGCGAUGAAGGUGAAGAACAAACUUUCAUAGACAGUCACUCGCACGUCUACAGUUGUAUUUACCUACUCAUGUCCUACAGUCUACCUUCUUCUAGGCCAUAGGAUGUUAUAUUUUCUACGCAGGACUAUCUCCAUGCUUGCUUCAAGAGGUUUUGUAAGCAUUUAUCUGGUAAUCUGAACUUUUUUGUGGGUUGUUUCCUCCGUUUCA